AUGUUGUUAAAUAUAACGAAGAGGCUUGUGUGUCGCAAGUGGUCAACACGUUCUAUGUCUUCAAACGUGCUACCAUACAAUGAACAAGAAAUGGAGACAGCAAUUGUGCCUUCAACUCCCAUUUUGAAGAGGGAAUUAUUGUACCCGUGCAAAUAUGAAUGCCCUAGAGAAGCCUGGGUUGAAAAUUUAGAUACAGUAAAGGAUCAAAAACUUGGUAUGAUUCAUUUGCAUCCAGAAGUAUUUGGUGGGAAGCCUCGGAUGGACCUUUUGCAUAGGAAUGUUCAUUGGCAAAAAAUGAUACGUUAUGUCAGUUUUGCUCAUACAAAAACCAGAGCUGAAGUGAAAGGAGGUGGAAAAAAGCCGUGGCCUCAGAAAGGUCUAGGAAGGGCUCGUCAUGGUAGUAUUCGUUCCCCUUUGUUCAAGGGUGGAGGAAUUGCACAUGGACCUCGCUCCCCAACUACACAUUUUUACAUGUUAAAUUUUUAUUCUCGAAUUCAUGGAUUAAUUGCAGCUCUGUCAGUAAAAUUAGCACAGGAUGACCUACAUAUAGUAAAUUCUUUAGAGAUUCCAACUGAAGAUCCAAAGUAUUUGGAAGAGUUAAUAGAAAAUAGGAAUUGGGGACCUUCUGUGUUAAUGAUAGAUGUGGAUGAUAUCAUGCCUCAGAAUAUCUCAGUUGCUACUGAUGAAGUACCUCAUGUAAAUUUGAUGCCAGUUUAUGGAUUGAAUGUGUACAGUAUGUUGAAACAUAGCACUUUGGUUCUUACAGUUAAUGCUGUUGACAGGAUUGAAGAAAGGAUAUUGUAUCAUCUACACAGAAGUGAUGGAAGAGAAGCUGUUAAGCCAUACCACUUCAACAAUAAUAGUUAA